AUGCCCGGGCGCCGGCGCCUUCCAGCGGGGUCGCGCUCCGACCUCCCGCCAUUGAAAAUCAUCCGCAAGAUCCUCUUGCUCCAGGUUGCCUAUUAUGUCUGCGCUACGGUGCUUAUCCUGUUCACGACAGUUAUCUACGGCACUCCGUUCUCGUUGAAUCUUAUCUUUGGAUGGGAGUAUUUGAGAGGUGACACUACGGUUGGUUGGAUGCUGGGAUUGGUGUGGAUGUUGAAUUGUGUUAUCAGCGUGAUCUUCCUGCUUCUCUUCGUGUCCCGAUCCAAGUUGGUUCCCGAUUUCGCCCUGACGAUUCACUUCCUCCAUCUCGUCGCCACCAUCCUAUACACCCACUCUGUCCCUUCCAACCUGCUCUGGUGGGGACUCCAGUUCGCCAGUGCAGGGAUAAUGAUCUUCCUUGGUAUGUGGGCAUGCCAACACCGCGAGCUCAAGCCGAUCAGCUUCGGUGGACUCGCAGGAUUAGGAGGUAGUAGCAGCAACCAAGCCUCCUCAUCACAACCACCCGCCAGCGAUAGCCAGCUAGAGUCUGGGUUUGGCCGAGGUCGAGGCCGCGAGCGCAGUCUCCAGGCUGGAACGGGCGAUUACGAAAUGGAUGAGAUGAAGCCCGGCGAGCGUACUGCAUGA